AUGCUGCGCUCUUCUGUUGCCACGGGACGCCAGGUGCUACUGUCCUCCGCUCGCCAAAGGACGGCCGCGCAAUGGCUGUCCAGAGCUGGAGCAAGCAGCCGGUUCUCGAAUCAGAGAUUCUUUGCCGAUGCUAGACCCCCUACUACUGGUGCUCCCACUCCUGUUACCCCGUCCUCCGCGUCGCCUGUGCCCCCGGAGGUUGUCAUUCCUAAGCCGGAGCCUACCGAGCAGGGCUCCGAAGUCCCUCCCGUCGUGCCCACUCCAGCUCCCAAGAAGGGUGGACGCUUCGCUUACGGUGGUGGCAUCUUCCUGGCUCUCAAAUUCGACAACUUCCAUGACUUCUUCACCGAAUAUAUCCCCUAUGACUUCUACCGCCGAUUCCCCAACACCCUGAAGAGCCAGAUCACGAUCCCUAGCAAGAGCGGAUUGACCUCGAAGGUUGCCGAGGAAGAGUCAGCUGAGAAGGGCCCCCACAUGAGCUCCGCUCAGAAGGACAAGGGCAGCGAAGCGCAAGUCAAGCCUGCCGCUGCCAAGCCCGAGGAGAAGUCCGCCGCGGUCGAGAAGGCUAAGGAGUCGAAGGCCGCCAAGGAAGAGGCACCUAAGCCGGUCGAGAAGGAGGAACCCAGACAACCUGCUUUGCCCGCAGUGACCCCUCUCGAGUUCGCCAAGGUCAACGAGGGAGAUGAGGCCAUUGUCCAAGAAUUGGUGAAGACUUUCAACGAUAUCAUCACCGUGAUCAGUGCCGACGAGAGUGCCCCGAAGUUCUCCAAGCCUGUUGAGAAGGCCAAGGAGGAGCUCCAGAAGAUCGGCGAUAAGAUUAUCGCUGUCCGGGAAGAGGCGCGCCGUGCUGCCCAGGAGGAGAUUGACCAGGCCCACGCUACCUUCGACGAAUCCGCGCGCGAGCUCAUCCGUCGCUUUGAGGAAGCCCGUGCCACCGACGCUGCUCAGUAUCGCGAAGAAUUCGAGGCCGAGCGUGAGAAGCUUGCUCGCGCUUACCAGGAGAAGAUCCGCACGGAGCUGCAGAGAGCCCAGGAGCUGGCUGAGCAGCGUCUUAAGAACGAGCUGGUCGAGCAAGCCAUUGAGCUUAACCGCAAGUACCUACAUGAAGUGAAGGACCUGGUCGAGCGUGAGCGUGAAGGUCGCCUCAGCAAGCUCAAUGAGUUGACUGCCAAUGUCAGCGAGCUGGAGCAGCUCACCACCGGCUGGAGAGAGGUCAUUGACACCAACCUCAAGACUCAGCAAUUGCAGGUUGCUGUUGACGCUGUCCGCUCGGUCCUUGAGCGCUCUGUGGUUCCUCGCCCGUUCGUGCGCGAGCUUGUUGCCGUGAAGGAGUUGGCCGCUGAAGACCCCGUGGUUGAUGCGGCUAUCGCCUCGAUCAACCCUACCGCCUAUCAGCGUGGUAUUCCCUCCACAUCUCAGAUCAUCGAGCGCUUCCGUCGGGUAGCCGAUGAGGUCCGUAAGGCAAGCCUCUUGCCCGAGGAUGCGGGUAUUGCCAGCCAUGCUGCCAGUUUCGUUCUGAGCAAGGUCAUGUUCAAGAAGGAUGCCGUUGCUGGCAGCGAUGAUGUUGAAAGUGUUCUCUGCCGGACCGAGAGCCUUCUGGAAGAGGGCAACCUUGAUGGUGCCGCCCGUGAGAUGAACAGUCUCAAGGGCUGGGCCAAGAUUCUGAGCAAGGAUUGGCUGGGUGAAGUGCGCCGAGUGUUGGAAGUGAAGCAAGCCCUAGAGGCCGACCCCCCUAUUUACUCCGGCGGGACGGACCACCAAUUCGUCACCCUGGUUCUAAUGUCGCCCAAGACCAAUGAACCGCCCACCGCAUCCCUUCCCACUCCUGGCCCGAAUGACACGUUGUCGGAAACUCGUCAACCUUCGAGCAAUCCUCAUGACGCAACCUUUCGACUAAGAGAGCCGCAGAUGAACGAGGGACGGGCGAGCGGGGAGCUGGAGGGGAGCACGCUAGGCAGUAGCUCUCGCGAUGGAGAUAAGACAAGUCGAGGAGCCCAGCGCCGGACACAUGGCUCCGGUGGAUUCUUUGUCGACUCAUCCUUCCUACCCGGCUCCAAGAGCUUGAAGGGCAGCCAACACCAAUUCCUCCGCCGUUCGGGGUCAAAUCGGAAAGAGAAACGGGAGCCUCCUGAGCCGGGUCCGGAGGUGUCAAAGAAACGAUCGCGAUUUCCGUGGAGUCGUCAGAAGGAACAGAAGCUGGGCUCAACUGCGGCCCAAACGGCUGAAGAUGAGGCUACUGCUUCUUCUUCGCAUGUGGCGGACGAUGAUGCGGCACAACACCAGGAGCAAGCAGAAACGGAGACGCCGGACAACCAGGCUGCCAUGGGCCUGGACAGGGAUUCUUUACAGAUCGUCAAUCUCGCGCUAAAUCUGAGCGAGUCGCGAACACGGAACAGUCUAGGACGUUCGGCUUCCAACCGCUUUCCGGGCAAUCGGAGGAUGGUGUCCGUCGGUCAGCCUGCUGCUCCUUACCCUGACAUUCAACCGAUGGCUUCUGUGGGCGGCCUUCGCCACAGUAGCCCCCGGCAUCGCGAUGCAGUGCACAAGUGGAGCGAUCGCUACAGCAAGCCCACCAUCCCUGAAGGGGUGGCAGGAUUUCCGGCACAUACCCCCUCCUCGGUGCUCAGUCUCCUGCCUCAGUCGAUCGAUUCGGAAACUUUGCCUUCUGGGAUCUCAGAGAGCACUCUUAUCCGGGCUGAGAAGGCCCGGCGUCAUUUUGAGCUACUCUCCGAAUACCUACGGCUUCUUUCGUCGCUUCCGCCUCUAGAGCAUCUCGACCCGUCCGCUACAGACUCGGUAUCAGUUGCGAGUAACAGCGAGCUCUCCGCCAGAAGAUACAAUCCUCUCCAAUGUAUCCGUAACCGGAAAGGAUGGUUUGACACCGAACGGGUACAUGAAUGGGUUGACUCGGUGGAGUCGUUGUACAGCCAUCGCAAUCACAGCGCGGUGGAACGUCUACAACUUCCCUCGUUUCCAAAAUCAAGGAAAUAUGUGCCUUCGGAACAUCAGCUGGAUAUCGAUCAUCUUGCAGCCUCUCCUCCUUCGAGCCUGAGGCGCGCUAGCCGUACUAGCAGUGUCAAAGCCCGCAGGCCGCGAUCGGAUUGGGUCAUUGAUCCGGCAGAAAUGCUUUCCGAUGCUGCGUGGGUUGAAGAUGAUCACAACAAGAGUAAAUUAGUCGACAAGGACGGAAACCUCCUCUAUCCAAACCCGAAUAUACUGAUCGAUGUCGGUAUGGAUGAUGCCAAUCUCAGCUUGGAGGAGAAACUGCAACGUCAUCGACAGUCCAUGGACUCGGAGCAUUACAUUUCCCGUGCAUCUCUAUCCGACGCUCAUCCUAGUCUGACAAGCGGUACACGUGGAAGGCAACGGCACAGGUUUCGGACUUCCGGCCGUAGCACACAUGAUAGCGAUGUCUCCGUCAAAGAUUUGGAGCCCGGAAGUCGCAAGCUUGGCUUGUUUAGUAGCUCUGCGAGCACGUCCAGCGCGGAUGACCGGCUACACCGUUACAUGCACGCUGACAGGACAACUUCUCCUGGAAAGUAUAACCCGCCAACGCUGGGUGCAUUCCAAACCAGGGGCUCUGGGGCGAUUUCUGAAGAUGACAGUCUCACAGGGGUCAGGUAUACCCCGAGCCAUGGCCCACUUCCCCGCCAUAGGACUGGAGGCCGCGCCAGAUCAGAAGGGAAGCGAAGCUCUAUGUCCUCUGUGCCGAGCAUCGAUGAUCGUUACGAUCCUUUGACGAACAUGGCAACUCUCGAUACCAAGUCCUCUGGUGUUCAUUCCCAGUUAGGGUUCUUUCCUAGUAUUGCGAGCAAUCUAUCUCCCCCAUCAAGCCGGUCUCCAUCACCGUCUAAGGGACGGUUUGCGCGGGCCCGUGGCUCGCGUCACGAGCGCAGCAAGAGCAACAUUCGCGCAAAGGACAACGCCGACGAAAAUGUGCCAGACACGGACGGUGUGCGUCAAGAUAGCUUGUCCGAAGCCGCGGGUCGCAUUGGUUUGGAACCCAGUCCCCUUACCUACCAGACCACGUCAUCCACGUACCAGGAUGAGCUUUUCAAGCCUCAAUCUCCGAUGCGGAAGGACACCUCUCAGACAGAGUCAAGGCUACGCGGCAUUCUCAAAGGGCCUGGAAAGAUAGCCGAAAAAGUAGGCAAUGAGAUGUCGAAAGUCGGCGAUCGUAUUAUGAAGAAAGACUCGAUGGCGAUGGCACGCAAGACCUCGCAUUCUAGCCUAAGCAGUUCGGACUCCGAUAAUGCUGAUGAGGCCGAGGAGAUAAAAGGCGAAAAAACGUCAGGCACCAAAUCUCUUCUACGUCGGUUGCCUGCGUUUGCCGAUGAUGGCACUCGGCCUUCGCGCAAGAAUCUGGAAAGAGUCGGUACACACAACCAGGCAUUGCUGUCGCCACAUCUAUUGUCACCUGCUGGACAGGAACAGUUCACUCAACUUCAAAGCUCUGAUUCUACUGAUCUGCCGGGUCACACUACGGACACUAAUAUAUACCACAACAUGGACGGCUCUCAGAGGGACGUUGGGAGUUUCUCCGCUUCCCUUUCAAGCAAUACAAAUGUUCACGCACCACCCACGCGCCUUGAGAAACUGUUCGGUCCCGAAAUACAUACAAUCCGGGAACAAAUCCAAAAAGGCAGGAUCAAAGAUCAAUCUGUACCUUUCAGUCUCACCCGGCCACCUAUGACGGGUCUUGCGCAGGCCAAGGUGGAAGCCUCCCCAGCGUCGCAAAAUAGGCGCCCUGUGUUAGAUGCCCAGUCCAGAAGUUGGAGUAUUUCCAAUCGCAGUCUCUCCACUGCGCUUGUCAGUGGUAUCCCUGGAAAACGCGAGGUUGAACGAACUCGAGCGCUUCUCCUCACCUCGGGAAUUAAGGCUCGGGAGAUCACCCGCCGGGCCGGCACCGUGCGCGAACCACCUCCUGAGUUCCUUCUGCGCACAUAUGGUGAUGCCUCCGUACCCGUGCCACGGGUGACUCGACUCUGCGAGUAUGAUGCCGCGGCGCAGGGACUACUCAAGAGGUUCGAAGAGACCAACCGUGCUUUCCGACAUGCCAUGGACAACUUUUCGGGCUCGGUGUCAUCGCCGCUGAAUGCUCAGCUGAGCAGACUCGAGAAGAUAGUCAAUGAGAGCAUCAGCCCUCGCGUUCAGGCAGCGACUCAAGAUGCCGAAGACCUGAGCAUUCAGCUCAACACCACAAGCACCCUCGCGGCAUGCGCAGGCGUCAUCGCAGGCUGCGCUGGGUCCGACGUAUAG